AUGGUUUCGACUACUCGAAAACGAAGAAGAGAAAAAGUGCGAGGAAUUUACGAAAAGAGAACUAAAUUUGAAAAUGAGGUAGCAUUAAAAUCAACGUUUUCCCAUAAUUUUUUGUUUUGCAGCCAUCCACAUCUUGGUUCAAUCUUCCAUUUGAAAUGCGUGAGAUGGUAAUCGAUGAAAUGGAUCCAAAAACACGAUGUUUAUUCUCACAAUGUUCAAAAAUCUGCGAAAAUGAGGCGAAGAAAUCGAGAAACUAUAUUUAUGGCAUUUAUUUCUUUGAAAUCGAUAACCGCGCUUUUUUGUGCUUCAAAUUCGACGCGGAAAAUCAUGGAUGUCCAGAUUAUGGAUAUGAAUUUCGAAGAAAUGGAAGUCGUUCAACGAUUAUUACUUAUAAAACAUGUGUGAUUGAUGCGGAAUCGAAAAAUAAUCGAGAAUUAUUGGAAGAUAUUAAAAGACCUGAUGGAUAUUUUAUAGAAUUUGGAAAAGAGAAAUGGACCAAAAAAGAGGCGGGGAAAAUGGAGAAUGUUGUUUUGAAAUAUUUGAAAGAUACGCUUGAAACCUAUAAAAAUGCCAUCAAAAGUUUCUCAUUUAAUGUAAGAUUUUCAAUUAUUUUUUCUAAUUUUAUUUAAAAUAUUAAAUUGCAGAAUAAGAAUACCUCUAUCCACUCAUUCAAUGUCAAAAAUCUCCGAAGACUUGAGUUUCUCUACGUGGAUUGUAUGGAGAAACAAGAUUUGAUUAAAGUCGGAUUCAUAAAUAUCGAGCAAGUCCUUCGAAUUCAUAAAAUUCAUGCAAGUUACACCAACUUGACAUUUGAUCAAAUUCGAAAUUUCAAAGGAUAUAUGGCAUGUGUGGCAUGUGAUGAAUGCGAUCCAAAAACCAUCAAAAAAUACUUUGAAAUGUGGAAAAAGGGAGAAAUUAAUGAUAAUGUUGGUGGAAUAUUUAUUCGAACUCCACAUAACAACAAUUUGAACGAAGAUUAUUAUACGGAGAAUUUGAAUAUUGGACAAUUGAAUAAGAAAUUGACGAUUGAACUUUUUGCACUUCUCAAAAAUAACAAUGUUUCGGAAAGUGCCUCAUUUUUUCGUUAUCCAUCCAAAAAACACUUGGGAAUUGCUCAAUGUUAUGUGAUUUCCAAUAGUUUUUGUAUUUUUGUCAUUUGA